AUGGCUGGUCUGUGCUUCCGAUGUGGUCAGCCAGGACAUCGGAUUGCAGAGUGUCCACAUACUGGAUUUGAUUGGCGUUCUGAGUUCCGAUCAGAGGGCUUUGUCAGACCUGCCGAUUCAGCAGCAGGAAGACCGAGGACUGGAGAGCCAAGCAGUUCUGUUGCUUCAGCUCCAGCUCCAGUUCAGCCACGAGUCUACAGUUUGAGUCAGCAGGAGGCUCGAGAUGCUCCAGAUGUUGUGACAGGUACAAUUUACAUUUUUGAUCAGCCCUAUCGUGUUUUGUUUGACUCUGGAGCCAGUCAUUCUUUUCUGUCCGAAUGGUGUCUUGAGGCUUUAUGUUUGGAUUCCAUUUUACUUCUGGUUUCUCUUUCCGUGAUUUUACCGACUGGAAGUAAUCUGAUUGCCCAUAAGUUUUGUUUUUGUGAGAUUGAGAUUUCUGACAAGAAGUGGAAAUCGAGUCUGAUUUUGUUGCCGAUUUCUUCGUAUGACGUGAUUUUGGGCAUGGAUUGGCUGAGUCUAUAUGAGGCUCAGAUUGACUGUUCGAAGAAACAAGUGAGAAGAAUGUGGAAGAAGGGAUGUCUAGUGUUUUUGGCUUCGGUGUGGGAUCUGAACUUGGAGGUUGGUUCUGUUUCUGAGAUCACAGUG